AUGGCAGAGGAGGCGCAGGCUCAGUUGAAUUCAUCAUUACAGGCCCCGGUGACCUUUGAGGAUGUGGCUGUGUAUUUCUCCCGAGAGGAGUGGGGGAUCCUUAAUUUGACCCAGAGGAGCCUGUACCGUGAUGUUAUGCUGGAGAACUUUGCGCUCAUUGGCUCACUGGGUAAUUCCCCAACGAGGGAUCCAACCCGAGUGGCCCAAAUGAAGGGUGAGGAAGAGCCCUGGGUGCCCAACAUGUUGGAUAUGACUGUGGUCAGCAGAGCAGAGGCCAGGAUGGGUCCUGGUCUUGGUUUUCUGUGUAGACUGCGGGAUGAGGAAGCCCCUCCCGAGCAGGUGAAGAGCCACAGACUCCGCCUGUCACAGAACCCCUUUCUGUGCAGGGUGUCUGGGAAGGACAUCCCUGCCGCCUUAGGCUUCCUCCAGCCCCAGGCCACCCACAGAGAGGGGACACCACGCAGAAGCACCGAGCGCAAGGCCUUCCCACCCAGCUUCACUUGCCAGCAACGGCAGGGAGCCCACGCCACACAGAAGCCUUUCAAGUGCAGCGACUGCGGGCAAGCCUUCCUGAAGGCCUUCGCGCUCCUCGACCACCUGAUCACUCACGCCAAAGAGAGACCCUUCAGGUGCCCAGCAGGUGGAAAUGCCCCCAAGGAGAGCUCAACCGUGGUUCAUCACCGAAAAACUCACACUGGAGAAACAUCCCAUGUGUGUAGUGAGUGUGGGAAGGCCUUCAGUUACCCAUCUAAACUGAGGAAGCAUCAGAAGGUUCAUACUGGCAUAAAACCUUUCAAGUGUGGUGAGUGCGGGAAAACCUUCAACCGCAAAGAUGCACUUGUUCUGCACCAGAGAAUUCACACUGGAGAGAGGCCUUACCAGUGCAGUGAGUGUGGGAAGUCCUUCAGCGUUCUGUCUACCCUCAUUCGGCACCGGAAAGUUCACAUUGGAGAAAGGCCCUAUGAGUGCAGGGAAUGUGGGAAAUUCUUCAAAUACAACCAUAGCUUCAUUCUUCACCAGAGAGUUCACACUGGAGAGAGGCCCUAUGAGUGCAGUGAAUGUGGGAAAACUUACGUGACCCGCUCUGGGCUGUAUCAGCACUGGAAAGUCCACACUGGAGAACGUCCCUACGAGUGUGGCCUGUGUGGGAAGACCUUCACUACCAGGUCCUACCGGAAUCGGCACCAGCAGUUCCACACUGAAGAGAGGGCUUAUGAAUGUACAGAAUGUGGGAAAGCCUUUAAACAUAGUUCUACCCUCCUUCAGCACAAGAAAGUCCACAAUGGAGAAAGGUCAUAG